AUGUAUCCUGGGAUUUUGGUAAUUUGUUGGAUAAUUGUAUAAUAUAAUAUAAUUUUUAGCCUGGCUUUGUGAAUCUUAUUGGAGUUAAAUCAGUAAUAUGGAAAAGCAUUGAUUUUGGAUUGGGAAGUUUAAUUGGUUUUUUUGAUGCAUAUUGGUAUUGUUACACAGCAUUAGCAGAUAGAUUAAUUUACGAAAAUGGAGAAUUUGUAAUACGUAUUAAAGAUAAUACAGAAGAAUAAGAAUUACCUAAAAUUUGA